AUGCCGCUGACGCAGCCCCUGCGGUGCAGGCUUCGUCCCUCCAUCCACAUCCACUCUCCCCUCAUCUCCGUCUCCAGUCCUCGUGGAUCUGCUCGUCGCGUCCUCACCUCCGUUUCUUUAAUAAAGUCCCAGUCCAAUCCUCGCCAGUCCCAUCCUUCCCUUUUCUCCUAUGUCCGACCUCAACCUCAUUCCCUUCAUCCUAUAACUCCACUCUCUAUGACACAAUCCAGGGGCCAUGGUGGUCACAGCCACGGCCACGGUCACGGCCACCACCACCAUCAUGACAAUGUCUACUUGACAUCCACAAACAAACAUGACGCCGGUGUGCGCAUUACUCGCAUUGGACUCGUCGCCAACCUCGCCAUGGCCAUUGGGAAAUUCAUUGGCGGCUACAUGUUCCAUUCCCAAGCUCUCAUCGCCGACGCCUACCACGCGCUCACCGACCUCGUCUCUGACUUUUUGACCCUGGCUACGGUCGCAUGGUCCAUUAAACCGCCUAGCGAACAAUUUCCCAAUGGCUAUGGAAAGAUCGAGAGUAUUGGUGCGUUGGGAGUUAGCGGUCUCCUCCUUUGCGGAGGUGUCUUUAUGGGCUUGAAUGCAGGACAGGUCCUGCUCGCUCAAAUCUACCCAGACCUGGCUGAAACGGUGGCUCACUCGGGCAUACUGGGUCAUGGUCAUGGUCACUCACACAGCCAUGGCCUCGGCCCAAGUAUUCACGCGGCUUGGUUGGCAGCUGGGUCGAUUGUUAUUAAGGAGUGGCUUUAUCAUGCUACCAUGAAAGUUGCUAAAGAGCGCAAGUCCUCCGUCCUCGCCUCCAAUGCGAUCCACCACCGCAUCGACUCCCUAACAAGCAUUGUUGCGUUGUUUACAAUUGGUGGAAGUUAUGUCUUCCAAGACGCCACCUGGCUGGAUCCGGUUGGCGGGGUUUUGAUCUCUCUCAUGGUGAUCAAGGCCGGUUGGGGAAACACUGUGACUUCCCUCCUGGAGCUGGCAGAUACCACCGUGGACGAGGAUGUGAAAGAGAACGUCCACAAGGCGGCUCUCAAAGCCCUGGGAGAACUUGCCGUUGGAGAAGAGGUGCAGAUCCGUGAUGUGCAAGGUAUGAAGUCUGGACAAAAUUAUUUGAUGGAUGUUGAGGUCGCCGUGCCGGGAGCUUGGGCCCUUGAUCAAUCACGGACUGUGGAGGAAGCUGUUCGCAAGACGAUCGGGGAGAAAGUUCGCGGUGUUAAGCGUGUCAAGUUCCGCUUUAUUCCGGUUGAAAAUGAUGAACUUACUUUUCAAGAGGAGUUUAUUACUAAGGAUAUGGAGGCCAGUCCUGAGUCUCAAGAACAAGACCAUGAUCACCAUGAUGGCCAUGAUCAUGGUCAUGGCACGACCAACGGCAGUGCCUCGGGUUCCCAUAGUCAUGACGAUGCAUCCCGAAAAAGGCGGUAG